CAAAUACGAACAUUGCCGAGCGGUUAUUUAUAGAACUUGACAUCACUAGGGUCAAUAUAAACAAACAAUCGAGCUCUACUUUUCAUUUAAUUGUUUAAAGGAUUGUUCAAGGCUGUUAAUUGGUCAUGGAGGGGCCUAAAGAAACAUCGACUGCAACCAUUGAGUCCGAGAAAACUAAAUCUAUGGAGGCUGAGAUUGAAGAUUUGACCUCGACCUUUCAAGGCCAAUGUAAGGUGUUGGAGUCCAAUGGGAAAUUCCAGAAAACUGUGAAGUUACAUCCGGAACAUCUCGACAUUGUGUUCAACUUUAAACUUACAAAUACCUACCCCACCACCCCCGCCGUGAUUGAGGUUCGAUCUUCCUCGCUGGACGCAGACGAGAUUGGAAACUUGCAGGCGUUCAUCAAGCAGACGGCACAGGGCGCAGACGGGAAGUCCAUGGGGGAACUUGUCGAGAGUGCUUUGGAAUGGCUUAAGGAUGGGCAUAUAAAUGUUUCUGGUGCCAGAUCUAAAAAGAAAUCUCCGCCAUCGACGCCAAACAAGUUCCAAAAACCCAAAGCCCGCAAGAAGAAACCUAAAGAUGAAGUCGAUAAAGGAAAGAAACCGCCCAUGAAAACCGCCAUUGAUGUAGUGAAGCGAAUUUUGUGGGACGAGGCCCUCCAGAGUGACCAAUUCUUGGUUGGGUAUAUGGACAGAAUUGACGGUCUUAAAGAAAAAUAUUUCAAUGCUUUUAGUUGGGAGGACAUUGCAUCCGUUGAUUAUACUGUUCUAGCGAUUCCAAAGCAUAGAAUCCAGUAUUUCAAGUAUAAAGAUACGAUUGUUUGGGAUAAGAGAUGCCGUUUGGAUAAUGUUUUUGGAUCAACAGGCGGUAAGAAAACUAUUGUAGAUGUUAUUUCUGAAGUCGAUGGGCCUCAGAUGGCCAAUGGCAAUAACAACGACGCCCAUGACGACAACGGGGAAGGUCAAGCAAAUUCGGACAGCGAUUACUAUGACAGCGAUGGAUGCUCUGAUAGCGACUCUGACAGCGAUGAUGGAAUUACAGUAACAGUCGGUACCGUAGGGAUUGGAGCUGUCGGUGGAGCUGGCUACUUGGCAGACGAAGCAGACGAGAUAGACGAUUGCGAAGGUGAAAAUGAUGAUGACACAAAAGGUCAUGACGACAAGUAUUGGCGGGAUAAACUUCGUCCAAAUUACUUCAUUGCUUUGAGAAUUACUGACGAAGAGUUGCGAGCUAAUGUCGAGAAGAUUCAAGAUCAAGUUAUCCAAGGUGAACCGAAGUUGAGGCAGUGUAAAAUCCCUCAGGGCGCGCUUCAUGUGACUCUGUGUACUGUUGGACUUGAUACCGAAGACCAAGUAAAGUACGCCGUUGAUUGCCUAAAGGAAGCGCAAAAGGAAUUUUCAAACAUGAUUCCAAAAGGCUUAAAACUCAGAUUUAAAGGUGUUGAGACUUUCUUUAACAGGGUUAUAUACGGUCGAGUCGUUGACUGUCCGACCGUAUUUUUAGACUUUGUAGAGCAUUUAAAGACAUGUCUCACAUCUAAAGGCAUUGAUAUAAGAGACUAUCACGAGUUUGUGCCACACAUGACACUCAUGAAAGUGUCCCGACCGGUAGCCAAGAUGACUGGUAAUAAUUACAUCGCACCAUGGCUGUAUUCUAGCUACAACGAGACUGAACUCGGCUCCCAGGCUGUUGACAAUAUGAGCUUGUGUUCUAUGAAAGUUGAGAGACAAGAAGACGGGUUUUAUAUGACUGCUGUCUCAUUAGACAUUUAAGACAUUCGGGUGUUCUUGUAUAUAUUGAUUUUUCAUGAACCAAUCUGUGAUCAAGUAUUUAUAUAUUUUACAUAAUUUCGGAAUGAAGUUACUGUGCAUGUUUUACAAUAUUGUUUCUGUUCAUAAGACUACAAAAUAUCAGUUUUUUAUAGAAGUUCAUUUUGAUAAUUGGGCCUAAAAAAUCAUUUGGUUGCCCCCCCCCCCCCCCAAACACCAAAAAACAACAACAAAACAACUUAAACAAAACAAAAAACAAACAAACUGUUUUGAAGUGUGUUUUAAUAUUUAGUUUAAGACCUUUAAGGCUUCAUACAGAAGAUUACUUUAACACCAUUCUCCAAAGAUGAAAAUAACGUUCUUAUAUAAAGUCUUAUAUAAAAAAGCCUACCUACCCUACCUAUUUUUUAAAGGAAGUUACCCUAACCAAACCAUUUUGAUUGGCCUUGGCGCAUAUCUAGUAAUAAAACCCUUUUGUAUUGAAAUGAGAAAUGAAUAAGGUAAACAGCACAAACCUAUCAAAUGUUUUUGGACUUUUUUUAUAUAAUCAUGCACAGUUCCUUUUCCGUGCUAGUAUAAUUUAAUUGCAUUUGGAACCAAACUAAAAAAAUAGUAUGUGUUCAAUUUCUAAAUGAUUCCUAUUGUGUUUAUUAAUGUGUCAGGAAUUCAAUAAAAUGUGAUUAAUACUUUCUAUUCCUUUUAAUAACACCUCUUUAAAAGACUCGCUCACGAUUAAUUGUUAGAAAGGUUAAUGCAGGGGCGGGCCUUUUAAUAUUCGCCCCUCCACCAGAUAAGAAAAUUUAAUGGUUUAAAAACGUGACAGUUGAGGGGGAAGGGUUAUCCCCUAAGAUUUUUUUUUACAAUUUCUAGUCCGAAGUGACAUUCGCGUUUUUUUAUGACUUGUUCUCUCCGAUAUUGACAUUAAAAGUAAACUUGGACAAUUUUAGGGAAGGCUCGCGCCGGGUGUGCCCCCCCCCCCCCCCCCUCUGAAUCCGCCGUAAGGUAUAAAAAAAUUUCUGGACCAUGUUUGUUUAUAAAUGCAGGAAAAAUCACCGUAUAUGUCCACUAUGAAAGAGCAGAUACGAAUACAAGAGUGUGAAUUUUAUUAUAUAUAGAAGUAUAUUUCUUUGUAUAUUGUAAUACGAAAUUGUUUGCUUUUAAUCAAAAUGUUCCAACAGACAUUUACAUAAGUACAUUAAACUGCUCACAUAUGACGUAAAUAAAAGAUCCUUACAUCACGAGUAUUUAAAGCCUUUCAAUGAUUUCAUAGAAUACAUGUUUUAUAAAUGGUAGAAAUAUACUUCAUACAUAAGUAAAAGAAAACCCCGACCGUGUACCUUGGUUCUCGUUUAAAAGUCAAUACAAACCGACAUCAUUAGAAAAGAGAGCAAUAUUAGUUUUCAAUAGCCCGGUUAUGACUAUAGCAUACAAUUCUGGAUGGUCUUUUCAAAUAAAUACGUAAGCAUAUACAGGUCUUUAAUAUGCAAAUCACAAAUCUUGGCUGUCGUUUUAUAGAAGAUAUUCAGCAUUUCAUUGAACGAGGCUAAUAAAUCAGUGAGAAGGGAUGCAAGAAUAGUUUUAUCAAUUCAUAAUUUAGAUUUUGAAAUGCUUAUAAAAUUAAAACUUAGAAGAUCCAAUCGAAAAUAUCGAGUCGAUGAUGUAAAAGAUUGUUGUUGAUUUUUUUCUAAAACAAAAUGGAGUUAAAAGUUUCGCCGGUGAUUGUUUUAUCGUUAUGCUUCGGGGUAAAUUAUGGAGCGACGGAGAUGUGCGUCGUGGACGAGCAACUGCGUUUCUGUGAGUAUGGCUGCUGUGGGGACGCCUGCUGUGGACUCACGACGAUGGCUAUAAUUGGCAUCGUGAUUGGGGCCAUAAUGACUUUGGUCGCGAUUGUUGGCUGCGUGAUAUGCAUUGCGUGUAUGUGUAAGCAGUCGGGCCGUACAGGACAAAAUGUACAGCCGUAUAAUAACACAAACUCCGUCGUCGUAAACCAUGGAGGAGGGUACGGCCAUCCCCCUCCCCAGUACAGCAACGCAGGGAGAUCAAACUACGGGAAUUACAACGACCCGGUGUAUCCUCCGGGGAUGGUGAACGAACAGCAUCCUCCUCCUGCGUAUUCGUACUCUGCUCCGAAAUAUUAACAGACGACCACACCGUGAAAUACUAACAGUAACGACAACGCCUGCAUCAGUAGUUGUUAGUUAAUGUGAAUGCUAUUGAUGCUACUGUUGGUUUUGUUUAUACUAGUGCAUCUUAAUAUGUUUACAAACACUUGGUAGCAUAAUUUAAUAUUGUCUUUGUUGUGAAUGCACUAACAGCCGUAGAUGGAGGUCAAACUACGGGAAAUACGGGAAUAUUACAACGACCCUGUUGAACGCACCGCAACAUCCACCUCCUGCAUACACGUAACCGAAUCCUGAAUAUAAGCAGAGGACUUAACAUAUCAGAUGCCUAAUGUGACAUAUAUUGGUGCUAUGAAUUUAAAAUGUUUUGUUGUUUCAAGUUGAUUUAUAUAAAAGUUACUUUGAAAACAUA